AUAGCCGUUGACAUCGAUUGGAUGUUGCCGGUAGCCGCAGAAGAGGUGGCGAUGGAGGUUGCCCCCCCUAGACGGCGAUUAGCGGCAGCCAAUGCCAGACGGCAACGAAGACGCCAGCAGCCCUAUGCAAGGCAACAGCGGCCGGUUCAAGACGUCAAUGUGGCGUUGCAGCAGCCAGCCUCUCCUCCACAGCAGCUGGUUGAGAACAUUGCAGUCGAAGAACUAUAUGCAGGCCCAAAUCUGGAAAAUUAUAGGCUGGAGAAGAUUCGCCUGGAUAUAAAUUCCAUUCAUUCUUGUCCACCGCAAGAUUUUGUUGAGCGGCAAUUGCGGGAGUUGGAGAGGGAUUUGGAGGAGGACUGGGAGGCUACUUCCGAACACAUAGCUCCUUAUCCGCAAUGCAGUUAUUGCUUAACAAACAAGGCAACCAGAAUGGCAGUACCAUGUGGGCACUGGGCAGGAUGCAUAGAAUGUUGCAGUCGAGGCCUUAGAAUACCCAUCUAUUUCGAAGCAGUGGGGGGACUCGUGCUGUAGGAGGUACGCCUGCCCAUCAGAUGCGCACAAUGCAAUUGCCUAAUU